AUGACGUCAAAGCUUUGGGGGUGUGUUGGGGGGAAGAUACGUGGUCGGACAUAUUCUUGGACUUUGGUCUGGAUCACACGACAACGAGGUUCCCUCAUAAAGGAACGAACUACUAUUAUAGGACAACAUUAUUUGCGUCCGUUGUACGUGGAUCAACUCUACGUGUCAUUAAUACAGCCCGCCAGGUCAAGAGUCAAAAUGAACUUCCCUAAAGGUGUAGAGGUGGUUGGAGAGAUUAAACAAGAGUACCUGCAGAUCCUCACAUAUGAAGCUUUGGAAUUUCUUGCCGACCUUCACCGCCGCUUCAACUAUGUCAGGAAACAAGUCCUCCAGAAGCGUAUGGAGAUCCAACAAGUCAUCAAUUCUGGGAAGAAUAUUUGCUACCCUGAGGAAAACCAUGACAAUAACUGGAAGGUUGCUUCAGUUCCGCAUGAUCUUCAAAUGCGACAUGUAGAAAUCACUGGUCCAACUGACUGUAAAAUGGUCAUUAAUGCUCUGAACAGUGGAGCUGAUGUAUUUAUGGCAGACUUUGAAGAUUCACUUUCACCAACAUGGAAGAACAUCAUGGAAGGGCAGUUAAAUUUACUUGCAGCAAACAAGAAGACAAUUACUUUUGAGAACCCAGAUGGAACUUUUCGCAAGCUCAAAGACAAAACAGCAACCUUAGUUGUCAGGACCCGUGGUUGGCAUCUAGAGGAACGUCACAUUAUCUGCGAUGGAGAGCCAGUAGCUGGUGCUCUAGUGGACUUUGGGCUAUACUUCUUCCAUAAUCUGGCAAUCCGACUUGCUCAAGACACAGCACCAUACUUCUAUCUUCCUAAAAUGGAAACACAUCUGGAGACAAGAUUGUGGAAUGAUGUGUUUAAGGCAUCACAGGACUACUUAAGAGUACCUCAAGGCACAAUUCGUGCUACAGUAAUGAUAGAAACCUUAAUGGCUGCUGUGAACAUGGAGGAAAUGAUGUAUGAGAUUCGGGAACACUGUUGCGGCCUUAAUGCUGGCCGAUGGGAUUAUAUCUUUAGUAUCAUCAAGAGACUUCAGAUGAAAUCAGAAGCUGUAUUACCCGACAGGAAACAGGUCUCCAUGACAGUACCCUUCAUGCGUGCCUACACCGAACGUCUUGUCAGAAUCUGCCACUUACAUGGUGCCCAUGCAAUGGGAGGAAUGUCUGCAUUCAUACCCAGCCGAAAAAAUGAAGAAAUUAACAAAAUUGCGAUAGAGAAAAUCACCCAGGACAAGGAACGCGAGGUUGCUGAUGGUUUUGAUGGCACUUGGGUGGCACAUCCAGAUUUGGUCAAAGUAGCAAAGGACAUUUUUAUGAAAGGAAUGCAGGGUUCCUGCCAUCAAAAGCACCGGCUGCGUGAAGACGUCAAAGUUAAAGUGGAGGACCUGGUCACUAUUAACGUUCCAGGAGGAAAGAUAACAGAAGAGGGGGCACGUGUUAAUAUUUCAGUAGCUCUACAAUACCUCAACAGCUGGCUUUUGGGUGUUGGAGCAGUUGCCAUAAACAAUUUGAUGGAAGAUGCUGCUACUUCAGAAAUCUCUCGUGCACAACUAUGGCAAUGGCGUAAACAUGGGUGUUUCAUUGAUGACAAACAACUUUCUUCUGAUCUUUUCAAAGUUCUUCUUGGAGAAGAGUUGAACAAGCUUGGUGGCCCCUCUAAAGGCCGUCUUGCACAAGCCGCACAACUUUUAGAGAAGAUGGUGCUAAGUGAUGUCAUGGAGGAAUUUUUGACCAUCCCAGCGUAUGAUCUCCUGUGCAAUCCAUCAGCAAAACUUUGAUGACAUUGUACUGUCGUUGAAGAUAGGCCUUGAUGAUAAAAAUUAAUGAACUAUAAGCUUUUUGUUAAUAACAAAUUUGUUUUGUGGUUGUCACAGUGAAUUUGUACAAUAAAGGUUAAGGAUAACA